AGAAAGCCCAGUGAGUCUGGUAUCAGGGAGGGGCUGAGUGGUCUGACCGACCCCCGCUCGAACCUCUUCCUCCAGCUGGUGUCCUGCACUUGACAUAUUAAGUUCACCCCCCCUCCACCCCCACCCCCACUGUUUCAUCCCUCCCACCUUAUUACAACAUCCCAGCGUUCUCUUGACCUUCUUACUCUCCUUUCAUACUUCAUCAUUACUUUCGCUCGCUUGUUUCUUAUCUCCUCCUCCUAAGCUCUCUCUCUCGCGCUCUCCUCACCCAGCCUCCCUCUCACGCCAUCCACAUCACUUAUACCACCCUUUCCAAUCGAUCAACCUCCAACCACGCAAUGUCUUCCCCUGAAGUAGCUGCCCCUGCCGUGAUCGAGCCCACUGUUGCUCCUGCUGCCGAGCUCACAACCUCUGCACCCGCCGAUGUGGUAGCCGAAACCCCUGCGGGCGCUGUCGAUCAACCCACCACUGAGGCCGCCGAGACUGACGCAGCUGCACCAGCCGCUGUCGAUGCCGCCACCGACUCCAAAGUCGUCGAAGCUACCAAGCCCGAAGACAAGAAGGAGAAGAAACAAGGCCGCAAGCCGUUUGCUGACCUUCUUAACAAAAUACUCAAACCUCAAGACAAACCCGCGUCUGAGAAGAAGAUUGAAGCUGAGGCUGUUGAAGAAGCGGCACCCGAAGCUGCUGCCCCGGUCGCUGAAGCACCCGCAGCCGAAGCUGAGACCGUUGCCGAAGUACCUCAAGUCGCUGAUGCCCCCGCAGAGGCUGCUCCGGCCGAAGAGGCUGCCAAGGAUGUCACUACUCCUCGCAGAGAACGUGGUAACAUCUUUGAAAAAUUCACUGCAUUCGUCCUGAAGCCCAAGAGCCCGAAAUGCAAAAAAGCGGAUGCCCCCAAGGAAGCUGAGGAGGAAGUCAAGCCUGAUGAGGCCCCUGUUGCUGAGGUGACCCCAGAAGCCCAGCCUGUUGAAGAAGCUGCCCCUACUUCUCCUCAAGCUCCUGCUCCUGAGGCUGUAGAGACACCUGCCGUCGAAGCCGCCGUCAGCACUGAAACUCCUGAGGAGGUCAAGGUUGAGAAGAAGGAAAAGACCCCUAAAGACCUGGCCAAGAUGGCUCGUCGAUUCAGUGGACGAUUGUUCGGCGCUGACAAGAAGAAGGAGUCUUCCAAGAAACCCGAGCCCACCGAAGAGGAGGCUCAAGCAGCCGCACAAUCUGAAAACCCUGCCGAGAACGUCGCUGUUUCCGAUGUUGCUCCUCAAAUCCCAGCUGACCCCACCCCCGAGGUAACUCAGUCUGCCGCUGACCCGGCACCUGUGAUCGCGGCCGCCGCAUGAAGAACUUCCUUCGGUAGUCUCCUUGCUCGCCCUACUCCCCUAAUUCCAUCAGUGUCCAUUAAUAAUCCACCUCAUUAUACCCAGUCAUCAAGUCGACACGAAAUCCUGUUACUUUGCACUCUGUUCUUGCUUGGACAGAUUUCAACUUGAGCACACGCGACCCAGCUAGUCCACACAUGUCCUGUUUCAUGAGGCCUGCGCUCGGUUUAACUUGCGUACUUCAGCUGCAACAGCAAAGCGUUUCACAAAUCUCUCUUCAUCGGUUCUUUUUUUUUGGCUAUCUUGGAUCCACGUCAUACUCGUCCUCGUCAUAUGUCUUACUUUCGUGUUUAUCUAUCAUUUGCAAUUACGCACACCUCCUAGUGACCCAUAAAACCCUUGUGACUGAUGCCAGCACUCGUUUUCGAUCGUCAACUCAUUCUUUAACAUGGGGUGUCAGCCCCUUCUUCCCCUUCUUCAUUUGAGCUUGCAAUGGCUAGCAAUUAGAUGAGAUGACUCCAGCUCAUUUAACGG